CUCCGGGGGCGGGGCCGGCGGCGAGCUCGGUCCCUCUGGCUGCGCGCCGCAGUCCUCGGCAGCCCUGCGGCUUCCAGGGCGUCGCGGCCGCAGCCCCGCAGCGCCGCUCCCCGAGAUGCUGAGAAAAAAGAAGCUCAAAAUGUGAAGAGGAAAUGGAAGGAAUUUGAUUUAGGAAAACAUCACAGGGAGGAAAUGAGCCCAUUUGCUGUGUGUCAAGCUCACUGUUAACGGCUUCCCAGGCACCUUUCACCCACCUGACACAUCCCGAAGGUGAACAUGGAAACGGGUGGCCUGCCCCUGGAGCUGUGGCGUGUGAUCUUAGCCUACCUGCACCUGCCUGACCUGGGCCGCUGCAGCCUGGUUUGCAGGGCCUGGUACGAGCUGAUUCUCAGCCUCGACAGUACCCGCUGGAGGCAGCUGUGCCUAGGCUGCACCGAGUGCCGCCACCCCAACUGGCCCAACCAGCCAGAUGUGGAGCCGGAGUCCUGGAGAGAGGCCUUUAAGCAGCACUACCUGGCCUCCAAGACCUGGACCAAGAACGCGCUGGACUUGGAGUCCUCCAUCUGCUUCUCUCUGUUCCGCAGGAAGAGGGAGCGGCGCACUUUGAGUGUUGGGCCAGGCCGUGAGUUUGACAGCUUGGGCAGUGCCUUAGCCAUGGCCAGCCUCUAUGAUCGAAUCGUGCUGUUCCCAGGGGUGUAUGAGGAGCAAGGUGAAAUCAUCCUGAAGGUGCCAGUGGAGAUUGUGGGCCAAGGGAAGUUGGGCGAGGUGGCCCUGCUUGCCAGCAUUGACCAGCACUGCUCAACCACGCGUGUGUGCAAUAUCGUCUUCAUGCCGGCCUGGUUCUCGCCGAUCAUGUAUAAGACCACAUCAGGUCACAUCCAAUUUGACAACUGCAACUUUGAGAAUGGCCACAUCCAGGUCCACGGCCCAGGCACCUGCCAAGUGAAAUUUUGUACCUUCAAAAACACCCAUGUCUUUUUGCACAAUGUGCCCUUAUGUAUGUUGGAAAACUGUGAAUUUGUGGGCAGCGAAAACAACUCGGUGACUGUUGAGGGCCACCCGUCGGCAGAUAAGAACUGGGCCUACAAGUACCUCCUGGGCCUUAUCAAGUCCUCUCCCAUCUUGCUCCCUGCAGAAGACCAUGACUUUUUAAUGUCCUUGGACUUAGAGAGCCGGGACCAGGCCUGGAGCCCAAGGACCUGUGACAUUGUCAUUGAAGGCAGCCAGAGUCCUACAAGCCCAGUCUGUAGCUCUCCAAAGCCAGGCUCCAAGGAGGCAGAGGUGGGCAGCGAUGGGGAGAGAGUGGCCCAGACUCCAGACAGCAGCGAUGGUGGCCUGAGCCCCAGCGGCGAGGAGGAGGAUGACGAACAGCUCACAUACAGGCUGUCCUACCAGGUUCAGGGCCCACGCCCUGUCCUGGGCGGCUCCUUUCUGGGCCCGCCACUACCGGGAGCAUCCAUCCAGCUGCCCAGCUGUCUGGUGCUGAACUCGCUGCACCAGGAGCUGCAGAAAGACAAGGAAGCCAUGGCGCUAGCCAGCUCUGUGCAGGGCUGCCUCAUCCGCAAGUGCCUCUUCCGGGAUGGGAAGGGUGGCGUCUUCGUCUGCUCCUACGGCCGAGCCAAGAUGGAAAGAAACAUCUUCCGGAACCUAACUUACGCAGUGCGGUGUAUACACAACAGCAAGAUCGUCAUGCUCAGGAAUGACAUUUACCGCUGCCGGGCAUCAGGCAUCUUUCUUCGGUUGGAGGGUGGCGGCUUGAUUGCUGGCAACAACAUUUACCACAACGCGGAGGCUGGUGUGGACAUUCGGAAGAAAUCGAAUCCACUCAUCCUGUGUAACCAGAUCCAUCAUGGUCUUCGCUCUGGCAUCGUUGUCCUUGGCAAUGGGAAAGGCGUCAUCAGGAACAACCAAAUCUUUUCAAAUAAGGAGGCUGGCAUUUAUAUCCUGUACCAUGGAAAUCCAAUUGUGAGUGGAAACCACAUCUUCAAGGGGCGUGCAGCUGGCAUAGCAGUGAAUGAGAAUGGCAAAGGUCUCAUCACAGAAAACGUCAUCCGUGAGAAUCAGUGGGGAGGGGUCGACAUCCGCCGCGGAGGCGUCCCAGUCCUCAGGAGCAACCUCAUCUGCUUUGGCUACUCGGAUGGUGUAGUCGUGGGUGAUGAAGGCAGAGGGCUGAUAGAGGGGAACACCAUCUAUGCUAACAAGGGCUGUGGUGUGUGGAUGAUGUCCUCUAGCCUGCCCCAUGUCACCAGCAAUCAUGUGAGCUACAAUGGCCUGUAUGGAGUGGCAGUGUUCAGCCAGAAAGAUGGCUCUGGCGAGUUCCCUGGAGGCCACGGGGCACAGGAGAACUUCAGUGAGGAUGGGGAUGCCAUCCUCUGGGAGACAGAGCUGGAGAAGGAGGAUGACCCUCUGCGCCGGCCGAUCACCAUAGCUCUAGUGGAGUCCAACAGUAUUAAUCACAACGGAGCAUCAGGACUCUUUGUCCAGAGCAGCGAGGCGCUGCAAGUCAUCACCAAUGUAAUCCAUGCCAACGGGGACAGAGGCAUCACCAUCGUUCAGAGCAGCCAGCUCACACGGGUGGCCAACAACAGCAUCUCCUGCAACCGCCAGAGUGGGGUCAAGGUGGAAGCCCAGUGCAAGGUGGAGCUCCGGGGCAAUGGCAUCUAUGACAAUAGGGGCCACGGCAUCAUCACCAGGGGUGACAGCACCGCGGUUGUGGAAAAUGACAUCAUUGGCAACCGCGGCAGUGGACUGCAGUUGCUGCCCAGGUCCGACACUAAAGUACUAAAGAACCGGAUCCACUCCUUCCGGGCCUACGGCAUUGCCGUGCGAGGCCGCGCCAAGGCCCUGGUACAGGAGAACAUCAUCUUCCAAGGCAAGACCAACAAGACCAUCUUCCAGCAGAUCACAAACAACCGGGAAUGCGUCAUGCAGAACAACAAGUUCCUGGUCUUCAAGAAGAAGUCUGAUACCUGGCGCCUGGUGAACCCACCAGCACGACCCCACCUUGAAAACUCACACAGGGGCUCCUCUGCAGCCCACAGUGGGCACAAGAUGACAGCCAUGGCGACCAGGAUAACAGCUCGUGUGGAAGGUGGUUACCAUAGCAACCGCAGCAUCUUCUGUACCAUCCUGUAAGCAAGAAGCCUGCUUCAGGUCCAGGCCCCAGUGAGUGCUCAGAAGAACUAAGGCUAAGAUUCUUGGGACAGAAGUUAUGCCUGGGAAGACUCCUAGAUCCGCCCCACCUUAUCCACCACUACUCCUGAAAAGUGGGCGUAGGCCUCCUGGGAACUAAGAACAAGGUACCUCUAAAACCCUUGAGCUCCACAGCCUUUGGCAGGAAGGAACCUGGAAACAUUUCCCAGGAGAAAAAGGAAUAGCAGUUGGAGUGUUUCCAGUCACCCCAGGACAGAGGUUAUGAAGAGCUGUGGAAGCCAAACUGUUCAUGCAGUUUGUAGGUCAGUUAUCCCAAGCUUUAGAGAACCUCACUUUGCGCAGCCCAAACCUAGACUCUUCUCAGGGUUGAGAGUACGUACUUCUGAUCAAGGAUGUAACUGUGCUGAGGUGGAGACAACUGCCCCAUUUCCUGGACCUGCCCCCCUUGGUCCUUCUUGGCACUGUACCAGCCUCCCAGCUGCCCCUGGGGACUGGGCUGUUUUUAUUAAGACUGACACAUGGCCCCGUGAGCAAGGAAGGGGCUUGGAACAAGGAGUUCCUCCUGAAAAGUUGCCCCAGGAAUGACAAGGGGACAUGCUAUAAAUAAGAGGGGCAGGUGGCAGGCGGGUGCUGAGCUGGGCCAUGUGGGGGUAAACAACCGCCUCUGUCCUCAAGGAGUCCCCCAAGUUCAGAGCAUCAGCUCAGCGCCUGUCACAGGCUUCAGGCUGUGUGAAUACACAUUGCAGCUGCCCCUGCAAGCUUCAGCCCAUCUAGACAGAGGUACCCUCUGACGUGUCCAUGUCCUCAUGGAUGAUUAGCUGCCUUGACCAGCCCUCCCACACUCCCCACUCUGUGCCUUGGCUUGAGCUUGUUUUUCUCCCUGGCAUGCCCUUCCCAGCCAUGUCCGUGUGCAGAUCUGCCCUUUACUCAAGGUUUAGCUCAGACACUGCCAUCUCCUCAUGACUCUCCCCGUGCUCCAGGUGAUAGUGUUGUCCGCUACCCCGAGCCUUGGUCGCCCUCCUGCUCCCUUUCAGGUCACUGAGCACUUUCUGCCUUGCUUUGGAACUCUGGGUCCAUACGCUGUCCUGCCCAUUUACCUGUGAACUCUGAAGGUAGCGCCACCUCUGUGUGUCCUAUGCCCCAACCCAGAGGCAGAGCUGAGUUAGUGGCCUAAGUGGUGAGAAGGCCAGCUCCCAAAGGGCUUCUGUAGAUUGUACUGUGAAUGUGACAAGCUUUGGGAGGCAGGUGGGCCCGGACCCCACUGGGGAGGGGGACUAUAUGCAGGGCCAGCUCUGCCUUCAUCCCUUUCCCACUUGGCCUUUACUGCAGGGCCCACGCCAGCCCUUGGGGUCACUGCCCUGCACUGGGCCAGACCCCAUGCUGGUUCUGUGGAGCCCUAGGUGCUGCUGUUGGGUGGGUGGGAACAGGGCACUCUGACUUCUCCCUGAGCACUCUGGGAAAAGGAAGACUGGCCUUUCCCACCUGCAUCAUUGUCCACUGCACUGUUUGGUGGCCCCAAUGUGAGUCGCUGUAUAAAGUGCUGCCUUUGUUUUGUAAGAAAUGACUCUUCUGUGAACCAAGUACUUACAGAAAUCUCAAUAACCAAAUUAAAGUUCUAUAUUUUAAAGGA